AUGUCUGCCACUACUACCAUUGCUGACACGCCCCGUCCAUACACCCUGCAGGAGAAAGAAAUUCCUGCUCAGGCCUUUGAGAUCAAAAGCACCUUUUACAUGUCAAUCGAACCGUUGGUGAAGGCGCUGCUCUUGUUUCGAUCGCCUGAAACCGAACGCGAACUCUUGCGACUAAGCAUGGUUCCCGCCCACGUGGAAGAAACAACCGUGUAUCUCGUUCUGGCACUAUACAAUACCACGAAAUCGGACCAGUUGCAUGUUCCUCUCCCAGACCUGAGCGUGCUCCUAGACCGGAUCGAGUACAAGACCAUGGAGCCUUUUGAACCAUACAAAUUGAUAUUUUACCUCCUGAUUAAAGUGGUGGUUAUAGAUCUCCUGGUACCACACGACCCGCACAAACAGUUACCACCUCCAUCAGGGCCCUGCAGGACAUACAAUCCGUUUGAGAUCAUCGACGCCCAGAUCAAAUCUACUCAGCUCACGAAGUUGAGAACCUUUGUGGAUUUUUUUCACCUGGAUCAUUUAGCCCGAGAGAUCCUUCCCAAUCUCGAAAAUUUGGAGAGCGUGCAGGCACGGGAUGAAGGGACACCUCAGGUGAUCAGAGAGUGGGAGGAGAUGUGGGCUCGGGCUCGUGAGAAUAGCCCACUCAAAUGUCAAAACCUCGAAUCGAUGGCCAUCCCCGCCUGGCUCGACUACACCAUCGAAAAACGACGACUUCCAUCAGGCAAGAUAAAUGAAUCGGAUGCAACGGGUUCUUUACUUCGACGGCUCAUUCGCAACUCUCGCGUGCUUGAGCGUCUUACACAGGAAGACCAUAAAAUCGUGGUGGAAGGCGGAAGGCUCGACAGACUGUUCAUGAUCCUAAAAAUGUGCGCUGAGAUUGGACCUGGGUUCCGGGUGUGGAUGCAAAGGGCUCUCGCCUUGUGGGUCAACGCGCUACCCGGCGAAAGCGACCUUGAAAAGCAGUGGAUUUGGCAAAUUAAGCCUGCCGUUUACGAGGGACCCGUUACUAUUAUGGCCAAAGAGAACUGUGUGACCAGAGGCGGAGAGCCCGUUGAGGGCACCAUGGGGAUAUGGGCUAUGCUGAGUCCAAAUGGCCAGAAGGGCUUUUGCACAAUUCAGGAACGAGCAAACGAAAUCUUUUUGUUCGACUUGGGCGACUUGGUAUUGUAUGGCGAACAAUUGGUGCAGCUUAAAAACUGGAAAUGCUGGGAGAAUGGAAUAUGGGGCCAAGUCAAAACGGACGGAAGGCAUUGA